ACAACCAACAUGGCGGCGAAUGGCGGACAUUUCGGAUUUACUGUAUGUUACGAAGUGUUUGCAGCCGGUUGCGGUCAAUUUUAGGUAAAAACAAUUGCAGAAUUUCAGAAAUAUAACGGCGAUGAGCUCACCAAUUUCCAGCCUAAAGAAAGGGAAAAGGACUCCACUUGAUCCCAGGCAAGCUCAAGUUCCAUUUAGGAAUUUAGAGCACACUUCAGUUGAACUUCCCAGUGGUUCAUUGAAAAAAGAUGGAUUUUCUAAAGUACCAAAGUCCUCAAGCUCAACAAAUGCACCAUCGGAUCGAGAUCUUCUGAGUAGUAUGAUGUCACGUCUGGCUCAGGUGGAACAACAACUCAAAGCUGCCCAGACACAAAUAGGAGAAAAGGAUAAGAAGAUAAGAAUACUAGAAGAAAAAGCUAAAUUAUUAGAGAAAGCUAGAGGAUAUAACUCUGGCACAAUAACAGAAUUAGAGAAGAAGUGUAGAAGACUUCAGACCCAAGUGUUUCAGAUGGAGGAAUUCCUUGCCGAUUAUGGCAUGGUCUGGGUAGGAGAUGAUGCUAGUGACUCUGAUUAUGAAGUUUUAGAAGAACCAUCAUCCACAGCUGCUCCCAGCUCAAUCAGCAGACAAGGAGUUUGGAAUCCAAACUCCUCCUUGGUUAAUUCAGCACCACGUGACUUUCAAAUGGACUUUGAUGUUGUUACGAAGAAUAUCAGAGAACUGAACGUUCUGGCCGGAGAGGGUUGUAGUGAUGUAUCACGGACUAAAGAUGGAGCUAGACUUAAAGUUCGCGAGUCUGUACCCUUGGUGUUGUAUUCAAACGGCAUUCUCAUGUUUGGUGGACCAUUCAGGCCAUAUUCAGACCCAAUUACUCAGCAGUGUCUGCAAGAUAUAAUGGACGGAUAUUUUCCAAGUGAGUUGCAGUCCAGAUAUCCUGGCGGAGUUCCUUUUGAGGUACAGGACAAAAGAGAUAUUGUGUUUGAAGACAGAAGAACAGCACUUCUAUUUCCAGGGACAGGGCAAUCAUUAGCGGCUGAGGAGAAUGCCAAAAGCCUCAAAGUCGAGAGUCAUACACCAGGAUUGUCUCCGCUGUAUAUUUACAGAGGUGUUGAAACUGCAAGACCUCAAUCAGCCGGCAAAACUCAGGUUUCUACUUUGAGGAUCAAAUCAGAGACCGGAGAAAUGACUUAUAUCUUGAAGAUGAAGUUUACAGAUUGCAUACGAGAUGUUAGAAGUCACGUUGAUGCUGCAAGGCCAAAAGAUGCUCCUCCCUACGACAUUAAAACGUCUUUUCCUAACAGAGUUUACGAUGAUCCUAACGCAACUUUACAGGAGUGCGGCCUGGUACCCAAUGCAACUCUUCAUCUUCUUGUUAAGAAAGUUUAAUACAACGUUGAUACAAGCUGUAGUCAAUCUUCGUCAAACUUGUGCUUUCUUUACGCAUGAGCUAAUUCACUAUCUUUUAAGAUAUCGUAAGUUAUCCUUCCUAACGCUGAUUCCUCAAAAGCAGGUCUCUUUCUUCGUGCGCAAAUGAUGUAAAGUAGUAAACGUACUUUUACGUGCAAUGCAGUCGUAAAAUAACAGCAGUGUUCUAAGUACGUUUGUACAGUGUAAGAGAGUUAAUAAUUAAAUUCUAUUCAAGAAGGAAAUCAUUUAAGUAGAGUUGGAAAAACGCAUCUUUCUUUAAUUUAACAAAUGGUAAACACCACAGCGUACACUAUUGAGUUAUGGAUGUACGCGGGAGGUU